UUUUGAACGCUAGCACCGCUCCGAUUCCGACUCCGACUCCGCAUUCGAAUCUUAUAGACACUAAAACCCAACGAACCCGGCCGUGUACCCUUGCUAUUUUUUUUCUGGUUCUCAAAGACACAAAUGUAUUAAAAAGUGCAUAGAAUAUAUAUAAUAAAAAUCGGAUUUUGUGAAACUGUGAAUUGUGAUCUGGAAUCGCCAUGAGAUUAGCGCUAGUAUUGGGCACUCUUAGUGCCAUAUUGUGCUUGGCCAGCGGCUUGAGCCAUUCAGAGGGGAGUGGUUCAAAGGGCAAUGGAUUUCCCAAAAAGGUUACCACCCUGAAGAAGCGACCAACCAAAACGCCAACGACAGUGCCAAUUGCCAUCAGCAGAGCCACCACUUUGAAGCCCAGUAAGCCACGCGUAAAGAUCGGCACAUCGGCAACCACCAAAAGCACCACCAAAGCACCGGCCUUAACCGAGACAUUUGGCAAUCUGCCGGCGGAUGAUUUGGAAUUCAUUAAGGAGCUGGACAAGCAGUUCAAGCUGCACGGAGACAAGAUCAAGAUUAAGGUGGAGAGGGAUAAUUCCACGAGUAGCGGUGGCAAGAACAGCAAGAGGACCAUCGAGGGGGACUUGGGAUACGGCUACUCGCAUCCUGGCUAUGAUUACACGCCGCCCAAGUUCAUGUUCUAUCCGUACUCGCAGCAUGACAUUCCCUCGGGCUUCGCCCAUCCCCAGCCACUUCCAGAGGAGCAGGAGGAGCCACACCAGCCGCCGGCAGUGCACCACCACCACAACCACGAGCAAGUGACCAGCGUGACCAUCGAACCCUCGUACUCCUACGAGCUCAAGCCCCAGACCAGCUAUGAAACCCAACCGCAGCACACCGCCCCCGAGCAGCCGCAGAUUGAUCUGCCCCAGGAUGAAGCGGAAAGUCCCAGUGGUGCCGGUGGUUCCAGUGGCCACGGGGGAUAUCAGGAGCCUGUCAUUGUGCUGCGCAUUCCGGGACCCGCCAAGUACGCCGCCCAUUUGCAGACCCUUCUCCAGCAGUAUCUCGAGAUCAGAGCGGCCCAGUACCUCAGCUUGCUCCAGGAGGCAGAUCAGCAGCAACAACAGCAGCAGCAGCAACAUGCGGAUCCUUCGCAGCAGUACGGGCCACCAGAACCUGCCACCUACCACCAGGAAGUGAGCUAUGCCCACCAACUGGCACCCACGCCGGCACCAGUGCAGUAUGCACCCAUCGAUGAUGUCUACCAGAGCUACAAGGGUCGCCACCAGCAACAGCAACAGCUGCAGCUGCAGCAGCCACAAUAUGAGCCGCAACAAUACUACGCGCCCAUGGACUACCAGCAGCCCACACAGUUCUACUAUGCCCAGCCGCAAUCCCAUCUGCAGCAGCAGCCUCAGCUCUAUCUGAUAGCAAUGGCCCAGCCGGAACAGGAACCGGAGCCACAGCCACAGCAGCACCAUCAUCAUCAUCAGCAGCAGCAGCAGCAGCCAAUAUACGUGCCGGAGUCUGAUCCGCCGACAGGUCCUUCAGGUGUUUCCGAACAGGAACCGGAGGCGGAGCACAGUCUGCCCAUCACGGAAAACAACCCACGACCCACCCACACCAAGGUCAUCUUCAAUCCGUAUCCCUACCACCAGCAGCAGCAGCAUCACCACCAGCAGCAGCAUCAGCAGCAGCAACAACAGCAGUCUGACAUCGAGGAGCAGGAGCAGCAGUCGGAGGGCGAACGGCCCUUCAACUACCACGCCCAUGCGAUCAAGAUGCGCCAGGGCAAGAGGGCGGCCAAGCCGGAACCUGCGGAUGCGGAUGUGGGGCCCAGUGCGGGCGACAAGGGACUGCAACAGAUCAGGGAGUAUGUGAGGGAGAAACUGGGCGCUGAAAUGGGUUCGGCUGUGGAAUACAAGACGACACAGCUGCUCGAGGGCUGAUGUCUGGAUACACGUCCAUUUGGGGGCGUGGAAACUCACUUGAAAGAACGCACUGUCUCUGCCUGGAUCAACUACACAAAUUUCAAACUGGGCCACUUUCAACGAUGCCUCAGAAUUCUCGGAAUAUUUAAAAUCUUUCAAUUCUAUAAUGUGUCUCUAUAUCCAAGCCAUCUUUAAAACGAAUUCUAACAUCCGGAGACAUAUUUCGCACUCAUUUCCCAAACAUCUGCUGAUUGCAGAUGUGUAAAGUAGUGAUGUCCAGCUUACUUUUAAGGCUUGGGGCAUAAAGUCCAGCAAGACAGUAAAAUUCCAGUGAGUGCCAUCCCCACGUUUGCUCGUAUUGUUAACACAAUUGCUUCUUGUGCCUGAUAUCCGCUCAUUAGUAUUUAUUCCAAGCUAGAGGAGCAGAAAGAUCCCGGGGUGAUCCUCCAGCUCCAAAUCUCAUCUAACACCUACCCGCAAUCCCUAAGCCAAGGCAUACUUUUGGCCGGGAAAGAGUGCGCCUAAGGAUAGGCAGACUUUUACCUUUCUUAGUGAAGAGGUGCUGCCGGGACACAUUCGCUUUUCAUUAUUUUGUACGACGUUUUUUUUAUGUUGUUUAUAUUGUUAACCAAGAAAAUGUGCUGCUGAUCAUGUGUGCAAUAUUUAGUCUUAAUGUGCUUCUUGAUUUACCUAUAUGUACUUGUAUUUUUGUACAAUUAAACCGAAAAGAAAUUAAUU